CAGCUGUCUUGAAAAUACCAGUUUGCAUUCAAGUCUAAUAAAUAAAUCCAUACAUGUUUUCAUUGUAAAUCCUGAUAGUUUGCUAAGGGACAAGGGAAUGAACAGGAUUUUGAAGUUUUAUUCUUCUUGUCAUAUCAUGAGAGUUUCCAGGAAUAUCUCGCUUCCAUUGUUAUCAUUACUUUUUUUUAAAACUCCCCCUUUGUGUUUGUUUAUCUAAAAUAAGGCCUAUCUGAACUGCUCAAGAGCAUUAAAUAUGCUACUGUGCUCCAAGGUUUCCACAUUGCGUGAAACAUUUCUCCUUAUAUCACAAAGUCAAGAUUUCAACUACAUAAAAAAUUGGACUGAACUUGCAAUUCUCACCGCAAAUCCUGUCUUUCCCUCCACUUCAGCACACCUGCUUUAACUUAUCAUUUUCCUGGUAGCUAUGAUGAAACCACUGGAGUGAGGCUGAACAGAUAGGAACAAAACCUGACUUAAUAGAUUAUUUCUCAUAGCCAGUGUGAAGAGUUAAUGCUAAUUGGAUGCUCAAACUCAGUUUGAGGUUUUUUUUUUACCUGCAGCUGCGGUCGUGUCUGAAUACAUAUGAGUUAAGGAGAUCAGAGGUGGAAUUGAGAACUGGUGUUUUGCUGUUCUGUGUACUUCAUUUACGUUUGAAGGAACCUAAAAGUGCAGUCACGUGAUCUAUAGUUGAAGAGUCUCUUCUGUAUUAAGGUGCUGGAGAGUCUGGAAAGAGCACUAUUGUAAAGCAAAUGAAGAUCAUCCAUAAAGAUGGUUUCACCUACCAGGAACGCAUGGAGUUCAGACCUGUCAUUUAUAGCAAUGCAGUGCAGUCUGUCCUCUCUAUCGUGAAAGCAAUGACUAAAUUAGGGAUAAAUUACGAAAACCCAGCUAGAAUUGAAGAUGAAAGGAAACUGUGUGCCAUGGCAACAACACUGGAGGAUGGAAACAUGACUCCUGAAUUGGUUGAACUCAUCAAACAACUGUGGAGAGACGGUGGGAUCCAGGCCUGCUUUGCCAGGGCAGCGGAGUACCAGCUCAAUGACUCAGCAGCCUAUUACCUCAAUGAUUUGGAUAGGUUAGCAAUGCCAGAUUAUGUGCCUAGUGAGCAAGAUGUUUUGCAUUCCCGAGUGAAAACAACUGGGAUUGUAGAGACUCAGUUUUCUUUCAAGGAUUUGAACUUCAGGAUGUUUGAUGUGGGAGGACAGCGAUCAGAGAGAAAAAAGUGGAUUCACUGCUUUGAGGGAGUUACUUGCAUCAUAUUCUGUGCUGCACUCAGUGCCUACGACAUGGUUUUGGUGGAAGAUAAAGAAGUGAACAGAAUGCAUGAAAGCCUUCAACUGUUCAACAGCAUCUGCAACCACAAGUGCUUUGCAGCCACUUCCAUUGUGCUGUUUCUGAACAAAAAAGACCUCUUUCGAGAGAAAAUAACAAAAGUUCAUCUGAAUAUCUGCUUUCCUGAGUAUAACGGACUAAAUACAUUUGAAGAUGCUGGAAAUUACAUCAAGAAACAAUUCCUAGACUUGAACAUGAAGAAAGGAGAUAAAGAGAUAUAUACUCACUUGACAUGUGCCACAGACACGCAGAACGUCAAGUUUGUAUUUGAUGCAGUCACAGACAUAAUAAUCAAAGAAAAUCUGAAAGACUGUGGGCUUUUCUAACCUUUUAUCCCCUUGCUCAUAGCCUAACUUCAUCUCUGUCCGCUUUCCUCUCUUCAUCUUGUGUGUUGACGGAAAUAAAAAACUCUAAGGAAGAAACAGUAUCAAUUAGGCUUUGGUUAGCUGUCAGCUGAAGCCUUGGUUGUAACUUGAGCAUUGCAGCGCCACUGACUUUCUGUCUGUCAUACGAAGAUUUAAAAAAAAUAUUCCUGCUCCACAGAUAUGUUAGCUGCUGAUAAACCCUACUGGAAUCAAAGGAAAAGUCCUAUUUUAAUCAAUACAAUUUGAUGGUAAUCAGCACUUCUCAGGGAACUGAGGACAGCUCAGUAUCCUGUGUUUUCUAGUGACAGAAGAAAAAAGGAUAAUGUAUGACAGGUAACUGACUUUCAUUUAUAUUUGAAGCAUU